AUGGCUUUAGCUACCAAUGUUUCUGCGCAAAUUAGCAGUAUUCCUAUGCUGAAUGGUUCAAACUUUAAAGUUUGGAAGGAUACCGUGGAGAUUGUCCUCGGUUGUAUGGAUCUAGACACAACUCUUCGAGAGGAGAAACCCACUUCCACUCCGAAAAAUCUCAAUGAGGUUAAAAUAGAGAAGUGGGAGAGAUCCAAUCGAAUGAGCAUUAUGAUCAUGAAACGGUCAAUUCCUGAGGCGUUUCGGAGCACAAUUACUGAGGAUAAAGAUGCCAAAAAGUUCCUAAAAGAUGUUGAAAAAUUCUUUACUAAGAAUGAAAAAGCGGAGGCAAGUAGUCUUUUGAGCAAACUUGUCUCCAUGAGGUAUAAAGGUACAAGGAACAUAAGGGAGUACAUUAUGGAAAUGUCUCAUCUUGCUUCAAAGUUGAAAGCACUAAAGUUAGAGUUGUCUGAAGACUUACUCGUGCAUUUCAUUUUGAUUUCCCUUCCUACACACUUUGGGCAAUUCAACCGUGGAGAUUGUCCUCGAUUGUAUGGAUCUAGACACAGCUCUUUGAGAGGAGAAACCCACUUCCACUCCGGAAAAUCUCAAUGA